AUGUUGCUUUCAAGGCUCAGAGGGCCACCACUUCACACUGGACCUUGGCGACAAGGUGUUCGUCAUGAUAAGCAGCAACAACAACAACAACAACAUAUUCGAUCCAUAUUUACAAGGACCCGGGGGAAACCCAAGCAGAAAAUCCCAACCGCAAAUUCUACUCUGAUUGGUGCCACCUCCGCCGUUUUGGCGGGGAGUCUCACCUACAUUUUAUUCAGAAAUGAUUCUAUUCAGCCUCUACCACCCACUCGUCUUCGAAGUGAGAUCAGCGCGGAGCGAUGUGAGCGGGAAGCUACCAAGGAGAAGAAAGAGGCAAUUGCCGCAAAUAACGCAGAACAACUCUCGGCGUUAUCAUUUCAACAAGAGAAUCAAGCAGAGGUAGCUUCUUCGACUAAUACAGCAUGGGGAAGCUUCGCCGCCAAAUUUGCUUCAUUCUCCUCCAUUACGGAUGUACAAUGGGGAUCCGUGUCAGAUAAAAUGGUAGAUUUUGUCCUGCCGGAAUGGGCAAAACCCCUUCCCGACCACAUCAGGAAGCUCCAGAGAGAACUCUCGAUGGCCCCAGGUUCAUUGGCCGAUGAAAUUUGGCAGGAAGCACAUGAUCCCUACUUAAACCCUGAAAUUACGUCUUCUGCUUCUGUCAGAGUUUCCUCCGACCUCUGUGACGAGGAGAAAAUCUUCCUAGGGAAGCGGAAGAAGGUGACCACAACUGCGUUAGCGAAAUAUCUCGGCAUCCCAGAGGAAGAGGUACACCCUGAUGACGUUCCAACGAUAGCGAUGGUCGGCUCAGGCGGUGGUCUCCGGGCUUUAGUUGCUGGCACAGGUUCUAUGUUAGCAGCUAGCGAGGCUGGGCUCUUCAAUUGCGUCACUUAUACAGCCGGCGUCAGCGGGAGUUGUUGGUUCCAGGCACUAUACAACUCUUCAAUCAGCGGAAGGCGGCCAGAUAGGAUGGUUAGUCAUUUGAAGCAUCGUCUUGGAAUACAUAUUGCGUAUCCGCCUGCUGCCCUAGCAGCGCUUAACCAGGCCCCAACGAAUAAAUUCCUUCUUGGUGGGUUUGUGGAGAAAUUGAAAGGAGACCCGGACGCUAAUUUCGGCCUCGUGGAUAUUUAUGGGCUUCUCCUAGCUGCAAGGCUCCUUAUACCCAAAGGCGAGAUUGGUGUGGAUGAAAAGGACUUGAAAAUCUCUAACCAGCGAGAAUACAUCAAGCAUGGCGAAAAUCCAAUGCCAAUCUAUACUGCUGUACGGCAUGAGAUACCAUUAAUUGAACAAUCGGAGCAGGAACAGCAAACAGGCGCCCCUUCCGACGAAACCAAAGAUAAAGCCAAGCGUGAAGCAUAUUUCCAGUGGAUGGAGAUCACACCAUACGAGUUCUUUUGCGAAGAAUUUUCUGCGGGAAUACCGACCUGGGCCAUUGGGCGUAAGUUUAAGGAUGGAAAGAAUGUCACCGAUGAAACUGGCUAUCAUGUUCCAGAGGUCCGCCUACCACUACUGCUGGGAAUAUUUGGGAGUGCCUUUUGCGCCACUUUGUCUCACUACUAUAAAGAGGUUAAGCCACUACUUAAAGGGGUUAUUGGUUUUGGGGGCCUUGAUGAGAUGAUUGAGGGGAGAAAUGAGGAUCUCAGUAAAGUGCACCCAAUAGAUCCUGCAUCUAUUCCCAACUUUACAUACGGUAUGGAAGGACGCCUGCCAAAAACGACUCCAGAAAGUCUCUACAAGUGCACACACUUGCAGCUUAUGGAUGCAGGGAUGUCGAACAACUUGCCUAUUUAUCCACUUCUCCGCCCAGGCCGAGACGUCGACAUCUUAAUUGCGUUUGACGCCUCUGCUGAUAUUAGGACUGAAAAUUGGCUCUCGGUGGCGUCCGGCUAUGCACGUCAGCGAGAUAUUAAGGGAUGGCCUCUUGGAGCUGGUUGGCCUAAACCGACAGAUUCGCCAGAGGAAACUGGCAGACAACUAGACGAAGCAGAACCAAGCACUGCAGCCGAGGCUCAAUCCAAACUAGAAGAGGCCAAACAGGACCAGAAUCAGCAUCCGGGGGGGCAAUCAAAAGAAACCACUUCAGAUAGUAAGAAGGGCCCGAGCGAUCUUGGAUAUUGCACUGUAUGGGUUGGCACCACGGAAGAGCGCUCAUCUACCACAGACGACGUCCCAUCCAAAGCCGUCGAGGAAGACUGGCAGUUAAUGGAGCCCAAUGCGGGGAUUUCGGUUGUUUAUUUCCCUCUUUUGAGUAAUCCAAAGGUAGAGGGGGUUGAUCCAGAAACAAGUGAUUACAUGAGCACUUGGAAUUUUAUCUACACAUCGGAUCAGGUUGAUCAAGUUGUUGCUCUUGCAAAAGCCAACUUCGCGGAAGGCCAAGAAAAAACCCGGCGAUGCGUACGGGCCGUGUAUGAGCGCAAGAAGAAGAACAGGGAGGAGAGGGAGAGUAAGGAGAGGGAGGCGAGAUUCAGAAGGAAGAUGAGAUUGGGGGUCGUGGGGAAGAAAGGAGAAGGUGAUCACUUCUAUCUUACUUGA